AUGUCAGAAGACUGCUUGACGAUAAAUAUCUUUCGUCCGAGCAGCGCCACCGAAAGUUCCUCUUUACCCGUGCUAUUCUGGACGCACGGUGGCGGCUACCAAACUGGUUCUGCAUCCUCUUUCAAUGGCAGUGCUCUUGUCGCCCAAAGCGUAGAAAGAGGAACACCUAUUAUAUAUGUCAAUUUCAAUUACCGUCUUGGACCUCUCGGUUUUCCCCAGGGAGUAGAAGCUGCAUCUCGAGGCAUACUGAAUCUCGCAAUCAAGGACCAACUGGCAGCACUGGAAUGGGUGCAGAUAAAUAUCGGCGCGUUCGGAGGGGACAAGGAUAAGGCAGGCCUAGCUGUGACAGUCUUUGGAGAAAGUGCAGGAUCCGUCCUGACAUCCGUACUGUUUCUGCACCCAUCCGUAUCCAAGUUUGCAAGAGCAGGGAUAUUUGAGUCUGGGUCUGCUUCCUCGACUCUUACGUUUAAUGCUCAGCAUCGAGAGGACUCAUGGACGAAUUUUGUCGAAGGCGUACCAAGUUGCAGCUCCUUUGUUGGGACGUCGUUUACAGUAGACUGCUUACAGUCCGCCAACUUUUCAGAUAUACUUGAAGGAUUGUUGCAAGCUAUGGCAGACACACACGAACAGCUUCCAUUUGAUCCGACUCUCGAUGGUGUCUCUGGUCUUCUCCCGGGUUUACCAUCUGAAUUAUUUCCCCGGGGCCAGUUCGCCCGAUUGCCUUUUAUUGCCGGUACCAACCUGGACGAAGGAACUUUGUUCUGUCCCAUGGAAUUGAACUAUACUAAUGACCUCCUUCGCGAAAACUUGAACGCGAACUUCUCACCUACGGCGGUUCCUUCCAACGUUCUGAAUGACUUUUUGGCGUUGUAUCCUGAUGAUCCUGCUGCUGGUUCUCCGUAUAAUACGGGCAAUGAGACGUUUGGCCUGUCGCCCCUCUAUAAGAAAUGCGCAGCUCUGACGGGCGAUUUAAUGUUUGAAUCCCAAAGACGCCACUGGAUCCAAACUGCUUCAGAGGCCGGCGUCAAAGCGUUUGGAUAUCGUUUUACGCAGCCUCUUUCUGCUACUCCGGCCUAUCUAGGAGUGUAUCAUGGCAGCGAAAUCCCAUUUGUGUACGGCACCUUGGGAUCCCUCAAUGAAAUGGCUUCAGCAAAUACGUUGAGCGUAAUGAUGAUGGGCUACUGGAUAUCUUUUGCAACGAGUCUGGAGCCUAAUGAUGGUCUUGGUUCAGAACGUCCCUUGUGGCCCCAGUACACACCGAGUCAACAGGUGCUACUGCAACUAUACGGCGACAAUAUAACCGUCAUUCAUGACGACUACAAUAAAGAGAAGAUUGAUUUUAUCAUUUCUGAAGGCGCUGUUUUUCGACAUCGUCGUUGAUGACAAUUGCUCUUCAUAGCACAUGUGUUCAUAUACCAUCUGGAAAUGCAGGCGAAGACUAAGGUCUCUACUUGACUUACGUCUUACACACGAGCCCCGAAACGAAAAAUUUCUGGUGGUAAGUCACGUGGACACUUUUGUAUCUCGAUUCUCUGAGAGUGAAGUUAAGGAGUGAUA